AAUGUACCUUUCAUCAAGAACAUAAGGAAGAUUAGCAAAUCUAAUAAUCACAAUAGCAGAAGGGGAGAAGAAGACUGAAAUAGCCAGAUAAGUGUUGGCUGAAUAGAAAAUGUUUGAACCAUACACAGCUUUCAGAAGAUUAGAUUAACUAAGAUCAGGUGAGUUAACUGUUGUAGAUAUCUCUGACUUUUUGGCUGAUAAUAAGAUCUUCCCAACAUAAGUCUAGCUUGAAUAUUUAUUUAAAAGGCUGGACUUGAAUCAUGACGGUAGAAUUACAUAUCCAGAGUAAAUUAUAUAGAAUAUUAUUAAGUUUCGUCAAGGCCAUAUUACCAAAAGAAGAUUCAAGAUUAAGAUAGAUUGCUUCAUUGAGAGAUAGCUAUUACAUUGAAGUAAAUAUGCUUCUUCCAACAGAAGUUGAAUGGGGACUUUCAAGAGUCUUAUAAUAAGAAAUCUAAAAUUUCAAGUACUAAUUAAAAAUAUAAUUUUAGUUCAAUUACAGCAGCAUAAGAAAUUUUGACAGGAAGUGCAGAUUUUACAUCUUUGGAUGCAUUUAGAUGCAUAGAUUAAUUAUAUAUAGGCUAUAUAACAAUAGAAAGGUAUAAGAUUUAUAUAACAUCAUUUAUAGUUUACAAACUUUCUUAAGAGGUAAUGGUGCUAAAUUAACAUUUGAUGAAUUGUAAGCUUUCUUUAGAGUUGUCGAUUCUGAUGAGGAUGGUAGAAUCACUUAUUCAGAAUUAUUAGAGGCAAUUACAUUUGUGCCUGAUUAUUUCUAAAAGGAAAGAUAAAUAGUGAAUGAAUUGAGAAGAAGCAGAGAAAGAAUUUCAUAAUUAGAAAAGGAGAGAGAAGUUUUAGAUGAUUUACAAAGAAGUAGAGAGAGAAUUGAUGAUUUAAGAAGAAGUAGAGAAAGAUUAGAAUAAUAUCAAGAUUUAUAAAAGAGUAGAGAGAGAUUGGAAGAUUUAAGAAGAAGUAGAGAGAGAUUAGAUGAUUUAAGAAGAAGUAGAGAGAGAUUAAAUUAAUUGGAAGAAUUAUAGAAAAGCAGAUAAAGAAUAGAAUAAUUAGAAGAUUUGAAAAAGAGUAGAGAGAGAUAAGCAUAGAUUGAUGAAUUAAGAAGAAGUAGAGAGAGAUUGGAUGAUUUAAGAAGAAGUAGAGAAAGAUUAGAAUAAAUGGAAUAAGAAAGAAAAAAUAAUGAAUAAUUAGAGGAACUUAGAAAAUCAAGAAGUAGAAUUGAAGAGUUGUAAAAGUAAAGAAGAAGAAUAGAAGAUUUGAGAACAAGUUAAGAAAGAUUAGAUGCUUUGAAAAGAAACAGAGAUGAAUUAGAAUUGAGAAAGAGUUAAGAGAGACUUAAUGAAUUGAAAAAGAGUAGAGAAAGAUUGGAAUAAAUAGAAGCUUUAAGAUAGAGUAGAGAACAAUAGAGAGCUUUAGAUGAAUUAAGAUAAAGUAGAGAAAGAUUAGAAUAAUUGAGAGUGUCAUAAAAUAGAAUAGAUUAAUUAGAAAAUGAGAGAAAAGCAUUAUAAAGAAGUAGACAAAUAGAGAGAGAGAUUGAUUAUGAAAGAUAAAGAAGUAAAGAGAGAUUAGAGAGAUUAGAAUUAGAAGCUUAACUUGAAAGAUAAAGAGAGAGAGCAUUAGAAUAAGAAAUAGUAACACAAAGCAAGAUUGUGUAAAGUAGAAUUUAUGACACACCUUAAAGAUUUUAUUGAUU